AAUAUCAUUUAACGAAAAUCCACUGGUUGAAAGUUUCUAGCUCAUUCUGUUCCAAGCUUCCUGCUAUAUUUGCCUUUCCGACUUCCUUUAUAAGCUAACCUUCUCUUCUGUGCUCUAUACUAUCUGCGUUAAAAGAAAACUAAGUAUGGCUUCCGAAACGAACGAAUCGGAGAAACAACAAUUGAAACAUCUAGGGUUUAUCAAGAUUGCUGCUAUUAACACCUUGGUAUGCAUAUCGAACCUUUACGAAUAUGCUAAGCAGAAUUCAGGACCUUUGAGAUCUGGAGUUCGAACCGUCGAGGGUACUGUUACAACUGUUGUAGCCCCCGUCUGCGAGAAAUUCAGAGAUGUUCCUUACAAUCUUCUCGUAUUUCUUGACAAGAAGGUAGAUGAAGCAGCAAAUAAGUUUGACAAAGAUGCACCCCAUUUGGCGAAGCAGGUUGUUAGCCAUGCAUCAUGCAUGAUCCAGAAGGCAUCAAAGGUCGCUCAAUCUUUUGUAUCUGAGGUUCGAACUGGUGGUGUACCAGCAGCUAUAAACUAUGGUCUGGGAUUAUACAAGGACUUUGUUUUGGAUCAAUCGGUUAGGGUUUGGUAUGUCCUAAACCAGGUUCCACCAUUCCAGAAAGGAGCAGAGAUGGUUGUUCCUACAGCUGCUCAUUGCUCGGACAAGUACAACCAUGUUGUCGUGGACAUGAGGCAGAAGGGUUACGCAGCAUUUGCUUAUCUUCCACUUGUGCCUCUGGAUAAAAUAGCCAAGGCAUUCAACAGGAAGGGUGAGCCAGUGAAGGAAGGUGUGGAGACCAACUAAACUAGUUUCUCACUGAGAUAAAGAACUACUCAUAAAGUCACUAUUUGGUUUAGGGUUUAUUUUGGUUAGUUGCGUUUUUGUGUGAGUGUGUGGAUGGAUGAAGAUGUAAUCUGAAUUUGAUCUUUGAUAAGAUUAAAAUACUUUCACCA